AUGAUAUUACACAUAAGUAUCAUAUUUACGCUUUUUAUAGGUGUGUUUUCGACACACCUAGACAAGGUCUCUGAGAGACUUUCUCUAAAGCCCGUAGGGAAGGGCGACUGGCUCUUCAUUCUAGAUUUAUCAAUAGCAUCAAAAAAUGUGAACCCUUCGUCUAACAGCGCGGGGAAUGAACCAUUUCUAAUGGACGUCAUGCCCAUAGAUCUCGCAAAGCUUUAUCUAAAGUCGAAUGCUGAAUGGUUUGAGAGCACACAGGGAUUCGGAGAGUGGAAACAUUCGGUUUGGGGUGAUCAUCCAAACGAGUGUGUACAAAAUGGAGUGACUUUAAUGGCCAGUUUUCCAGGAAACGACAAACAAGCUGCUUACUCGAAUUUUGAAACACUGUGUUACGGUCUUUGGGGUAUUACUGGUUCUAUGUUCACUAACUUGGUCAAUGAAAACUCAUUUAUCCACGAUGUUACCGAUUUAGCGGUAAGUGAUGACACAAGAAAUUCUGAACUAGACUCUACUGUCUUCCUAUCUUCGGACUCUGAUGACAAUUUGUGCGUGGAUAGUUUGUUCAAAUGGAGAUUUUUGUUUCCAUGUGUAGGUCGCAGGGGUUUACUCUCUAUCUUGGCCGAUGAACGUUUGUUCACAAGGUCCUCUUACAGAGGAAUAACACUCCGUUUAGAGAGAGAAAAUGACCAGCUACUGUUUAAAACACGCAUACAGUUUAUAGUUCAAAAGAAAGGGAUUCCAAAAAAAAUUUGGGGAUUUUUUCCGGGCGGCACACGCCCUCAAAUGUGCAAUGCGAUACAAGACUCUAAAGUAAAAUUUAUAUUUCCGCAAGGUUUUGUUGAGGAAGAAGACACUUUUGACUUUUCUAACGCAUCUCAUAUCGAAGAAACAUUUGGAAAACUCUUGAAAUUUGUGGAAAACGGGUACAAACCUCUAAGGAGUCAAAAUGAUAUUUCUUUCCAAGUAUCAGAGUUGGAUAGUUUAUAUCUCAAUGUACUCAAAAGGGUACAAUCAUCUCUCUUGAUGACUGUAGAAAACUUAUCAGACCAAGAAAAGCGUAUCACUGUUCAGCAACCCCUACCAUUUUGGCUCAACCCACUGAUUCACACACUGGAAAUCAUGGUAGAACCAUUGGAUGGAAAUGGAAGAAACACUUUGUAUUCAUGUACUUCACAUGGUUGUUUUAAUAAAAAUUUGGAAAAAAUAGAUUCUAGUGGAUACAGAAUUAUCGGAAAAUACUUUGCAAAUUAUCCACAAAAGGAGAAGGGCGAAAAAGAUGGCCCACUCGUAAUUUAUAAUGUAUGUGCUAGUUGGACACGUCUGGGAGUUAUUAUAACCCUACCCCCAAAAACUAAAUUAUCGCUUUCUGUUGAGUUGUUGAAGGAUAAUAUAACCUUUGAAAGUAUACACGUUUCUACACACAGAGGGCAGUUGAUACCAUCUGCUCUAUUGAUGGAUUCAAAGGGUAUUAAAUCCCCAACUUUGGCCUCAAUAUCUUCAACUGUUACUUCAGAAUAUAGAGUUCACAUAAUGAACCCAUUUUUUUCGCACAUUGUCCUUCCAGAUACAACUAUGGUCUUUAAUGCAAUGGCAGGAGCAGGUGUCGUAAUGGCACUCAUGUUUGGCUUCGUAUUUAACGCGGUUGCCAGUGAUUGGGACAAACUUUUUAAAUUGUCUGAUUGA